CCUAGAAGUACCCCCACCCCACCCUCUCUGCGCUCUGUUUCUACUUCUACGCCAUAGAUUCAACAGAUAAAUUUGUGUUUUAAACAACACAUUUCCUUUUUAUCUCUUUCAAAUUUCUGUUUCUUCUCUCGUCUUCGUUUGUUUUCAGGUUUCAGCGACGAGUUCAGGCAGUUGUUCCGGCACCUGGGAGUCAUUUCUUCUUCUAUUUUACAUUUUGAGUAUUGUGGGGUUUCUUCAAUGCUUGCUCAGCUUUUUCCCUUUUAAUUUCUAAUGGUGGGUUUUGUCUUAUGGAAUUAGGGUUACAAUUUCCCUUUCAUUUCCUCCUCUAAGGAAAAUUCCUCUCCGCAACGUCAAGCAAAUACUUCUGUUUGAAAUUUGAGUUUUGAAUUUAAAAGGAUGUCUUCGAAAUCGAAAUAUCAAGUUCUUGACAAUCGACCCAUUGAUCAGUGGAGGGUUACGGAGUUGAAAGAGGAGCUUAAGAGACGAAAAUUAACCAUCAGAGGCCUGAAGGAAGAUUUGGUAAAACGGUUGGAUGAAGCGCUUCGAAAUGAAAGGGAAGAAAAUGCGGAGGAAACCGAUGGUGUUGAUGGUGACCCUCCAGUUACAAAUAGUGACAAUAACCAAGUGCAUGCAUCUUCGGCAAAAGACUCAAAUGAAGAUGCUAAAAAGAUUCUGAAUGUAGAAGAUGUUGAAGUUCAGGUUGACAGGAAUGACAGUACUGCAGCUGGGGACGAUGGGGCUAGUCUCAAUGGUUGUCCUAGGGUAGAAGAGGGGUCGGCUAUCCAUGUCACUUCUGUGGAAACUAAAAUUACGGUAACUGAAAAUGUGGCUUCUGAAGUAGCGUUAGGUGUGGAAGGUUUGCAGAAUAUGGAAAGCAAGGAUAACGAAAAUUCGAAGGUCGAGUUGGAGAUUGAGAAAUCGAAGCCCCAGGUGGAUAGUGAGGAUUCAAAGUCCCAGCUGGAUGAUGUGAAAACGGAGCUCGAGGUGGAGAAUGAGAAUUUGAAGUCUCAGCAGGCAGAUAUCGUGCACGACUUGUCUGCUUCAGACAGCCAGGUAUCUGAGGUCAGCCCUGUUUUAGGGUCUCAAGUAAGAACUGAUUCUAUUUCUACUGAUUCUGUGACAAUUAAUCAAAUGAUUGAACUAAAGGAAAAUAUAUCUGCUGAUCAUGUAAAAUUAGAACUAGAUGUUAAGCAGGAGAUGGUGGAACCAUCAUCCAGCAUUAUUGUCCCAGAUGCUGGCGAAUCACAUCCAAUGGAUGUUGAAGAGCCAUCUGUGAACAAGAAUGUUGAAGAGUCACUUGCAAACAGAGAUGUUGUGGAGUCACCUGAGAACAAAGAUGUUAUAGAGCCUAUUGUGAAUGAAGAUGUUGAGGAGAAAUAUGAUGUUAAGGACAUGAUUUCUGAGGUUCAUGAGAAGCAUGAUGACACGGGGUUUUCUGAAAAGCUAAAUUUAGAUAGAAGUUCUGGGGACGAUUCAAUAGAAGAUGCCAUAGAGACUAAGACUGUUUUGGGGAAUAAUCCUAAAGAAAUGGGAGAGAAGAAUGUAAAGAGUGAGGGCCUUAUAUGCAAAGAGGAAAAGGUUGGAGACAUAGCAGUGCGAGGUUCAACUGCAGAUAAAAAGUAUCUUGAUACAGAGAAUGAGGUUUCAUCUUUGCCUGCUGAAAAAAGAAAGCUUCAUGAUCAAGCAGUGGUUGGAAAUGAAUCUGUAAAGAGACAGUGUAGGUGGAAUGCUGAAAACCUCAAAAUUCCAGAGCCUCAAAACACUGCUCAUACAUCUACUAGUAAUUCAAAGGACAUUCAUCAGUCCAUUACUCCGAAACGCAACUUCUCCAGAUCUGACUCCACAGCUAGUGAAGAUCCAUCGAAGGAACGUGUUGUUCCACCAUCACCAAAACCUCCCACAAAUUCACUAAAAAUCGACCGUUUUCUGCGUCCAUUUACCCUCAAAGCUGUGCAGGAGCUUCUGGGUAAGACUGGUAGUGUCUCCAGCUUCUGGAUGGAUCACAUCAAGACGCAUUGCUAUGUAACUUACUCAUCGGUGGAAGAAGCCAUGAAGACUAGAGAUGCUGUUUACAACUUGCAAUGGCCACCAAAUGGUGGGCGUCUUCUUAUAGCUGAGUUUGUUGAUCCUCAAGAAGUAAAAAUUCGAGUGGAAUCUCCACAGGCUCUUAAACCUGCGGCAGUUGCUCCACCGGUUUCUACUAUGCCCCCACCGAUGCCACCAGAGCCUUCACCUCGUCAACCAAGGCAGCAUUUUGCUCCGUCACCUUCUUUGCCACCACCCCCACCCACAAACAACCUUGCUCAAGCAAGGGAGCAGCUUCCACUCCCACCCCCACCUGCACUUCCUGAUAAAGUCGACACUCCCAUCGUCACAUUAGAUGACCUCUUCAAGAAAACCAAAGCUACUCCUCGCAUCUACUAUUUACCUUUAUCAGAUGAACAGGUGCAGGUAAAACGUGCAGCAGCAGCAAGGGGAAAAGACACCAAGCAGUAAGUCGAGACAAUGCCCAGUGUCUCAGUGUUGUAUUGUGGCUGCUGCUACUGCCGCCCUGUGGAUUCCUUAGUGAUUUUAGAGUUUGCAAAGGUAAAAAAAAAGCGUAGAGUGGCAUGUUUUUGAAUGUCUUGAGUGCUGGCAGGGAGGAAUUUAUCUCUGUUAAGCUGAAAAUGGCAAAAUAGAGUAUCAGAUGGGUAGGUUUUUCUUGCAUAUUGGUUAGGAUAUUGAGAAUUGACUUCUAAAAUUGAGAUUACUCUGUAUUUGGUUAUGUAAUCAUAUUUACCUGUCGGAACAAAUGAACCUAUGAGUUAGAUUUGUUGUAUCACAGGAUGCCUUCAACCUCUUUGGAUCUCGUUUCUUACUGUU